CCUCUCACAUCGCCUUAGUAGUGUCAUUAGUAGUGUCUUGCUGAUCAAUGCAACUGCCAUCUAACUAACCCUACGGCAAGAUGUCAUCAGACGGAAAUCCAGCCAGCGGCGGCAAUGGCGUCUCCGGGCAAUCCCCGCAAGACUCGAUGCGCACGCCGGCGCAAACCCCGCAGGGAUCCAUGCGAACGCCGGAGCAGACCCCGCUAACUCCGCGGGAUUCUGGGCGAUCGAGCUCGCCUCAGCUGCACCUGACGCCUCGCGCGAGCGCCGGCAGUCCGUACAGCUCGCAGCAACCCACCUUCCGAUCCACUCCGUCCUUCCCCAGAAGCGACCUGGGCGGCUCCAUGGCUCAGCGUCGCAGGUUCCACCGCCGCAGGCAGGGUGCAUCGGGGCAGGCCGCAUCCGGGGGAGGUGUGCCUUCAGGCACGCCUGUCAGCACGCCAGGGCCGCCUGAGCCGUCAGAUAGCAUGGGAGGGAACUCGGAGCAGGACAGGAUGUCGUGGGAGCAGUACCAGCAGCAGCAGCAGCAUCGGCAGCCGCAGAGGGGUAGAGGAGGAGCAGCAGCUGCAACAGCAGCAGGGGCAGCAGGGGCAGGGGGAGCAGGGAGAGCAGGGGCAGGGGAGAUGCGCUUGGGGGAGAGGCGGAGGCGAUGGGGGAGGAGGGGGAGGAGGAGCUGGAGGGAACGUACGUGUGGGGCACGGGGGUGAGCGUGCAGGACGUGUCGAGCAAGUUCGCGUCGUUCGUGCAGCACUUUAGAGAGGCAGACGAUGCUAUCCACGCCAAGUACUCGCAGCAGCUGGACGAGCUAGUAGAGAUGGAAGGAGAUACAUUCCCUGUGGACUGUGCUGACGUGUACGCGUUCUCUGCUGAGCUGUACCGCAUGCUUGUGCGCUACCCAUUGGAGGUCAUCCCGAUCUUCGACAUCAAGAUUGCUGAGCUGGCGGCCGACCGCAUGCCCAUGUGGGACAAACACAUCCAGGUGCGCACGUUCAACCUGCGUGACACGGUGCACAUGCGCGAUCUCAACCCCUCAGACAUCGAUGCUCUGGUGGCCGUGCGGGGCAUGGUGAUCCGCACGUCGUCCAUCAUCCCAGACAUCAAGGCGGCCUGCUUCAAGUGUCUGGUGUGCGGCCACUCGCCCGACCUCGUGCUUGUAGACAGGGGAGUGAUAGAGGAACCCAGGAGGUGUCCCUGGCCAGAGUGCGGGGCGCUGAACAGCAUGACCCUGGUGCACAACCGGAGCCGGUUCAUCAACAAGCAGAUGCUGCGCCUGCAGGAGACACCUGAAGACAUGCCUGAAGGGGAGACCCCGCACACGGUGUCUGUGUUCCUGUUUGACUCGCUGGUGGAUACUGCCAAGCCGGGAGAUAGAGUGGAGGUCACGGGUGUCUUCCGCGCUGUGCCUGUGCGAGUCAACUCCAAUCAGCGCAACCUGCGCUCGCUGUACCGGACCUACCUGGACUGCAUUCACAUCCGCAAGGAAGAGGGGGGCCGCACGCGCACCAAGGGAGCAGCGCAGCAGUCGCAGCCGCAACCGCUGGCGGCCUCUGCUGCGGGUGAUGCGGAUGACGCCAACCCCGAUGCUGCGUACUUCUCUCCGCAGCAGGUGGAGGCAUUUAGGGAGUUAUCCCGGCAGCCGGACAUAUACGAGAAGCUGGCUCGCUCCCUAGCGCCAUCCAUCUAUGAGCUGGAUGACAUCAAGAAGGGGCUGCUGUGCCAG